UAGAUGGCUGUCGCCCACUUAGUCUGUGAGUGUUGAGGCAAAACAGAAGCUCCUCUACAAUCUGGCUAAAUGGCAAGUUAAAGCUUCCUUUCACUAAUUUCCAACAUCGGCUUCUCUCAGCCUGUUUUCUCUUCAGAGAGCGUAAAACACCCUGGAGAGCUACUCCCAGACAUCGAUGCGUAAUUUUGCCAGAGUUCCACACACACACAUACACAAACACACACCCAAGCAGAUGACAGAUGUUCCAAAAUACCACAGUAACAACAGCACAGAUGCAGGCUGGGAAAUGCCCGGUGAGACUUUCAUUGCUUCACUAUAAAGCUGCCCAGGGCUUUUAGGGUAGACACAGGCAACGAGCAGCAAUCGUAAUUUAUACACUGUAUGUUUUCAUGAGGAAUCAGGUAGAGAUGGUGUUAUUUUUCCCCGUGUUUCCUCAUUUUUGAAGUUGUGCAAGAAGCUGUAUUUGUUGUUUUUGUCCUGCUCUGCCUUUUCCGUGCGUGUCAGCAGAGAAAAAGGAGAGAAAAGUGAAGGACUCAUGUGUGGGAACUGCAGCAGGAAGGAAAGUGCAGCUGGGAAUUUUUGCCUGGAGCGAGACAGACUGGAGGUCUGUGGCGUAAAGAAGCAAAACAAAAAGAGAAGGAGAGGAGAGAGGGGCAGGAAGGGAUGAGAGGAGAGGCGCAAAGAGGAUGAAAGUUUCAAGCGGGGAUGACGGAGGAGAGAAGACUUGAUAAGCUGAAGGAGAAGUGAAAGUGGACUUAAUCAGGAGGAGGAGGGUGGAGACAAGAAGAUGACAGAAGGGAAGGGAGGCUUGUUUCCACGCCUUCUUGGGGGGAAAAAAAGAAGGGAUGUCAAGGCAAGUCACACUCUCCGUAAAUUUACACACUCACAGUCUUCCUGCCAGAAAUCGUGGAGGAAGGCAGCCAGCUUACACACACAGCAAUGAAAACUGGACUUGGAGCUGCGCUUGCACACAAACUCAUGCAUUGCAUCAGAGUGAAUACACCAGCUGGACGUGGUUUCAUUCAGAUCUGCUGUGAUAAGGAGAAGCGCAUUGUGUCCACCCCUUCCUGCUUCAAGGACUUCUGCUUUGACUCGCUCUCUCAAUCUGCUACCCGGUAACUUGAUGUUUGUGUACAUACCUGCGCACACACACCCACAAUGAAGUGACUCGCUCUCCCUCUUUCUCUCUCUCUCUCUCUCUCUCUCUCUCUCUUCCUUCAGAGCAGCAGGUCCCUGAAAGCAGCCAAACUGUCAGUGACUGUUGCUAACACAUGCUCGCUCUCAGCUCUGCUCCUUCUUUAGUUGCUGCCAAGGGAGGAGGAGGAGAAGAAAAAGAAGUGAGGCUGGAAGGAACAGACUGAAACACAGAGAGACCAGAGAACGAGAGAGACUUGGACCAAUCUUGCGACUGCUUGCCUCUGCCUGGCUGACUGUGUGGGAGACUGGAGGAAGGCAAAGUGAUGCCUCGCACACUCUGGAGCAGCAUAUAGUCAGGACCUUUGUUCCUCUCUUGUUUCUUUUAUCUCUCAACUCUUAAUUUCCACAAUGCUGAGAAGAGACCGUCUCUUCUUGGCUGCAACCCUGACAGCUAUCUUCUCUGCUGACCUCUACUUCAUCCUCCUGCCAAAGCUGAGGAGUUUGGGGCGAACACACUCUUGCUCAUGUGGCCCCAGCAACCUCAGCCUCCCCAAGCAGGGGGGUCUGGCCACGCCGCUGCUCUCCAACUGGACUUCUGUGCCGCUGCUGGACGGUGCUACGCCUGAACCUGCAGAUGGAGGCUCGAAGCUGGAGAAGCUGUUCGCUCACACUCUGUACAACAUCCAGACUCCGGCGCUGGGGCCGGAGGAGAGGCUGCUGCAGGUGGAGCAGCUGAUCGAGUACUACAGGAGGAAGGUGUCACGCUGGGAAAGACAUAUGAAGCUGUACAGUGAGGCGGCUGCUGUGGCCAACCUCACUGUGACCGAGCAUGAAGUGACCUACGACCCCGACGCCAGCUGGAUGAAGUUCCACCUGGGAAUCAACCGCUACGCUCUGUACUCCCGUGACGACCCCGCUGUCCUCCAGCUCCUCAAGGACAUGCAGAACAUGGCAGUCGUCAGCGCAGAUUACACUCAAGAUGAGAAAGCCCUAAAAGGAGCCUGUGAUUGCACUCAAGUGGUGAAACCCAGCGGACAUCACUUGAAGCUGGCUCUGAAAAUGAAGAACUUUGCGAAAGCCAUGUUCAAACCGAUGAGGCAGCAGAGGGACGAGGAGACUCCAGAGGACUCUUUCUACUUUGUCGACUUCCAGAGACACAACGCAGAGAUCGCCGCUUUCCACCUGGACAGGAUCCUGGACUUCCGGAGGGUCCCGCCGGUCGCCGGCAGGCUGGUGAACGUCACAGGAGAAGUUCUCCAGGUGACCCACAAUGAAGACCUACGAGCUGUGUUCUUCACCUCACCAGCCAACAACACGUGUUUCUUUGCCAAGUGCCUGUAUGUGUGCAAGACUGAAUAUGCGGUGUGCGGCCGCCCCGACCUGCUGGAGGGAUCCCUGUCUGCCUACCUGCCCGGCCUCAGCAUCGCCCCCCGCAUCUCCAUCCCCAACCCCUGGACACGCUCCUACACCUUCACCGGGCGCGAAGAGUGGGAAGUGAAUCCGUUCUACUGUGACACAGUGAAGCAGCUCUAUCCUUACAACUCAGGCAACAGGCUCCUGAACAUCAUAGACAUGUCCAUCUUCGACUUUCUGACGGGUAACAUGGACAGACACCACUAUGAGAUUUUUACCAGAUUUGGGGAUGAAGGAUUCCUCCUCCACUUGGACAAUGCCAGAGGGUUCGGGAAACACUCUCAGGAUGAGACGUCCAUCCUGGCUCCUCUGACUCAGUGCUGCAUGAUAAAACGCUCCACGCUGCUGAGGCUGCAGCUUCUGGCCCGAUCAGAGUUCAGGCUCAGCGACGUGAUGAGGGAAUCUCUAGAGGGAGACCCUCUACGUCCGGUCCUGACCGAGCCCCACCUCUUAGCUCUGGACCGCAGGUUACAGAAGGUCCUCCGAGUGGUCCAGCGCUGCGUCCGGAGGCUGGGCGAGGAGGAAGUGAUCACCAAGGACUUUAUCAAAGCUACAGGGAAACCUCAGACGGCCACAGUGGGGAAAAGGGUCAGGUAGCAGAGGGUGAAACAGCCAUCGCUCUGCUUCGUUGCUGCUUUUGGAGAAGACUUCAUGAUGAAGUGUUGCCACCUUGUGAGCCAAGAAGACUCGGUUUAAGAAACAAGCUGUUUAUGGAAGAUGCUGUGAAAUCUUCAUAGGGAUCUGUCAGAGAAUCACUUCAGGUAGCUGGUUUUGGUCAUAAAUUCACCCCAAGCUGCAUUUUAAGAGAGAUUUCUAUCUUUUUACGUCCACCAUGUGCACAUGCAGUCAUGGACCAAAGCAUUGGCACCCCUGGAAUUUUUCCAGAAAAUACACCAUUUCUUCCAGAAAUUGUUUCAGAUAGAUUUGUUUUGGUGUACAUGUGUUUAUUUCCUUGAUGUGCUUUGGAAAAACACAAAAAAAAGCAGAAGAAAAAAGCCAAAAUUGACAUAAUCUUGCACAAAACUCAAAAAAUGGGUCAGACGAAAUUGUUGGCAGCCUUUUAAAAAUGUGGGUAAAUCAUUUUAUUUCAAGAAUGUGAUGCUUGUUUAAACUCAUCUGUGGCAGUAACAGGUGCUGGCAGCAUAGAAAUCACACCUGAUGCCAGUUAGAACGUAUAAAAGUUGACUCAGCCUUUGUGUCGUGUGCCUGUCAGUGUCACACCAAGCAUGGAGAAGAGAAAGAAGAGCCGAGAAGCGGUUACAAGGUUACAAGACCAUCUCCACAGAUCCUGAAGUUCCUUUGUCCAUUGUGUGUAAUAUAAUCAAUACGUUUAUAACCCAUGGAAGUGUGGCUAAUCUCGCUGGACGGAAGAGAAAAACCGAUGAAAGAAUGCAGCGCAGGAUAGUCUGAAUGGUAGGUAAACAUCCUCAGUCAACUUCCACACAAUCCAGGUUGUCCUGUAGAUCCAGGGUGCAUGAAUGAGAAGAAUCACUAUGGCACUGCAACCAUUUCUGGGAGAAAUGGUGUAUUUUCUGGAAAGUUCCCAGGGGUGCCAAUAAUUUUGUCCAUGACUGUAGGUCAGUGGUUUAUACAUUCAACCUUUGAAGGAGCAGCAUGGAGCCAUCGGUGCGCUCUUACUGUCUGAUAAAUCACCAAAGGAGUUAUGAUUCAUAAGAGAGAGCUGUGAUGCACUGAUCAGCUGCUGGUGUGUGUUUUGACUGUGCAAAGAAAGAUCUGUGUUGUUUUAAUUUGAAAAUAAAGUUAUUUUAUGUGACGACA